CAGAUGUAUGAAAUAGAAAAUGAUCUAUCUCAAAUUAGAUUGCAAGCCUUAGAUCGCAUUAAAGCCCAUCAACAAAAACAAAAAGAAGAUCAUGAUCGAUAUAUUAAAGCUAUCCCCAACUUUAGAAUUGGAGACAAA